AUGGAGGCGUCGGGGAAGUGGAUCAAGACGCUCAUGGGGCUCAAGCCGGCUGCAGCGGAGAAGGAGAAGCACGGCGGCGGGGCGAAGUGCUGCAAGUGGAUCCGACGAUGGUGGAGCUCGUCGGGCGGCCAGAGGGGCGCCGCGUCGGCGGCGGAGGUGUCUGAGACGUCGUCCCCGGCCGCUGACGCGCUGAGCUCCGUCGUCGCGGCCGUCAUGCGCGUGACUCCCAAGGACUUCCGCGUCAUCACGCAGGAGUGGGCAGCACUCCGCAUCCAGACCGCCUUCCGCGGCUUCCUGGCCAGGAGGGCAGUGAGGGCUCUGCGAGGGAUCGUCCGCCUGCAGGCGAUGGUGCGCGGAGGCCGUGUGCGUCAGCAGCUUGCCGUGACGGCCAAGUGCAUGCAGGCGCUCCUGCGGGUGCAAGCUCGGGCACGGGAUCGGCGCACCCGGCUGUCAUGUCGGCGGACGGCCGAGACUUCUACGACGCGCUCGACGACCACGCGAAUCCCGUCAAGGAAGCAGAGCCCGGCCGCCGCUGGCGGGCUACUCUCCCCUUGCGGCUGUUUCGACUAA